AUGAGACCGUACAAGCGGUGUAUCGAGUUGGAGUACCCACUUCUGGCAGAAUACGAUUUCGGAAAUGACACUAUGAAUCCUAAUCUUGGAAAGACGUUAGCUGGGGUAACUACGGUCACAACUGUUAACAAGAGAUGCCUCUGUUGGGUUAACUCCAAUGUGUCUGUCGAGCAGUGGAAAGCUCAGUUCAAGCCUGUCGUCUACAUAAGCACUUACUCAAUGCUGGCCUAUCCUGACAAGCGCACUUAUGCAGCCGAAGAGGCAAUGAUGUUUAUUCAGAGCCAAGAAUGGGGCCUCCUGCUGUUAGAUGGUUCGAAGAUCUAUGAGGCUAAUUGGAAGGAACUGGAUGAACUAUUAUUUGAGAUUGCUCGAGGAUUACAAUUUGCUCUCAUGAAUCCCAACAAUUUCCCAAUUUGUCGGUUUCUCAUCCAAUACGGCGAUACAAGUCGCAAUGAACGUAUCAAAAUCUUGCAAAACUUCCAGUACAUUCCGCAUGUGAAUACAGUUUUUGUAUCCAAGGUUGCUGACCAUUAA